UGUACAGUAAGUUACAGAUGGACUGACCGCCUGAUGACGUCACAGUGUACAAUCACCGUCUGUUGCUAUAGUCAAGCAACAUUCCAGUUGUCCUGUAGUUACUUUAGUUUCUCAAUUGCUUCAGUAUCUUAACCUCUCCUACUAUACCAUAUACAGUCAACCAUCACAACUAAUCCAAUCGAACCACCAUCGAACAAUUAUCAAUCCCACACCAACCAGUACCUGGUAUACAACAAGACAAGAUGUCCCUCCUCCUCUCCCGAACCUCCACAGUCCUAGGCAUCGGCUUCGGCCUCUCCCUCACAAUGCACCCCCUCUCCCCUCUCCGCUCCAGUGCAUCUCCAAUACAAUGCCAAUACACCGCCCCCUACUACCGCACCGAAACCCCCGCCGCAGAAACCGGCUGGGGCGUUCCCUCCGACGACCACCUGCUGUCCAAGCAGGGCAAGACGAGACCGAACACUGGCACAGGGCUUCUGACGAAGAAUAAUAUGAAGCAGGUUAGUCUGGGGAGUGUGUUGGGGUUGGUUGCGGGGGUUGGGUUGAGGGCUUUUUCGAGGGUUUUGGUUGUGUUGAUUGGGAUGGGGGUUGUUUUUGUUGAGGUAUGUCGGACCCUGUUGGAUAGAUGAGGGAUGGAUGCUGACAACUGAUAGUGGGCUGCGUCGAAGGGGUAUAACAUUGUGCCUGUGAACCGGUUGCAGAGAUAUGUCAAGAACACCGACUUGCAGAGGACGUUGUCGAAAUAUGCGCCGUUCAAGGUGACUU